ACAGGAAGUGUGCUGACCAGUGGGGGAAAUAAAAGGGGCUCCUGAGGAGUUGGGUCCACAUUCGCCUUGCACAGCUCAGCAAAACCUCAGCCAUGAGACUUCUCCUCCUGACUUUCCUGGGAGCCUGCUGCCUCACCACGUGGACUGUGGAAGGUGUGGGCACUGAAGUCCUAGAAGAGAGUUUCUGUGUGAGCUUAACAGCACAACAGUUGCCGGUUCAAAAAAUCAAGACCUAUACCAUCAGGGAGGGCAUAUUGAAAGCAGUAAUUUUUGUCACCAGACGAGGACUGAAAAUCUGUGCAGAUCCACAUGCCAAAUGGGUGAAAGCAGCGAUCAAAACUGUGGACAGAAGGUCCCGUGCCAGAAAGAACGUGAUUGAAACUAGUCCCACAAGAGUCCAGCGGUCCACCAGUACAGCUGUGACCUUGACUGGGUAGUGGUCUCUAGGACAGUGUUUCCGCCACAGUCAAGCAGCUCAUCUCAGUUCACAGGCUCAAAAUGGACUAAUUGUGCUAUAUUUACCUUUUGUGAAAAUGUUAAAUGGAUAAAGUUGUUUUUAUUUUUUAUAUAUUCAUUUUCAGUGUUAUAAGUAAUAAAUAUUUAUUAGUGA